UGUUUGUCUUUUCCAGGUCCAAUCUCGUAUUAAAAAAAUUGUUCAUCUGCUUCAAGUGACUGCCGGUAUCAUUUCGUGUUGGUUUUGUAUUGCGCGUCAAAGAGCAAUUGUGAAUACAGUACAUCCGUGGCGUGAAUGGCUUACGAACAUUACCGGCUUUCUUCUGUUGGCCUGGCCCUGAGCGAUGCUCUGGACGAACUUGUCGCGUAUGGGAUCAUUUCAGAUGAAUUCAUCGAUCGGAUCAUGCGACAGUUUGAUUCUAGCAUCAAUUCGGCUCUUGCGAAUUCUGUCAGUUCGCAGAUGGAGUUUACCGGAAAACUAACUUCUUACCGUUUCAGUGACGACGUGUGGACGCUGAUGUUCAGAGACAUGCAAUUUCGCAACGGCGACGAUGUUGUUAGGGUUAAAAAUGUGAAGGUGGUUGCGUGUGGUGCCGUGAAAGCUGUCCUGUUCCCGCGUGUUCAGUGAUCUGGGUGUUCUGGAAUUGUGCUUUUGAUCUCCACGAUGGUGUGAAAACAUGGGAAUCGAUCUCGUUCUUCAAUCGUGUAAAAAUGAAAUCCCAUCAUUAAAAAAGAAAAUGAUAAAAAGAAAAUCGCGUAAGGUUUCGUA